AUGACGAGCGCGCCUUCCAAGAUCCAUUUGCAGCUGCGCGAGCUGCGAUAUCUGUACGACACAUUACAGGAAUCUGCCGCGGCCAAAGUUGAGACCCAUCUGAAACAAGUUGGCUCGAAAAAACAGGACCCUGCUCUGUCGGAGUCGGUCAGUUUGGUGGUUCGACAGUUUGUGGACCAGGUUUUCGACUCGAUCCAGUUCUCGUUGGACCUGGACGAUGUUUCUCCAGCCCAAUUGGACAAGUACAAGGUGUCCGAGUUGCUGACAAACCCAGAUCUUCUAAACGAGAAGAUCGAGCCGUACGACUUCGCCUUGAACGACAGGUUGCGCGACCUGUACACGCGUGUGGAGGAGAAGAUCGGGCUGGUGGCCCAGCUGCGACGCACACAGCCGAUCCAGGUCUACGAAGAAUACCAAACAGAAAUCGACAAUAACACUACAUUGAUAGACACGAUAAUCUCCGAGUCUAUGGCCAAUCGCGCUCGGGCGCAAAAGACAAGCGAAACAGUGCCAUCUUACGAGCCAGACGAGUCCGUGGACACGUUGAAACGCGAUUUCCAGGCCAUCUUGGCUGACCUGGCCGACCUCAAACACGACAUCCCAGAAAUGAGACGCGGCGUGGACAACCUCGACAGCGUGAUCACGUUUGUGGGCCGCUCGCAACCGUCCGACCGCGCUCCGCAAAACGCAUAG